AUGUCUCGAGAGAAAGUUGUGAAAAACCUAGAGUCAUUCUAUAAGGAGUGGCUCCAAGAAAUCUGUGAACAAAUGAACGUACCUGAAACAGUCACUGCACACGUUGGUGGCAAUCUCAUCCCGUUCGGUUCCUAUCAUCUGGGAGUUCACUCAAAAGGUGCUGAUAUCGAUGUCCUCUGUGUUGGACCCAGUUUUCUUGAGAGAAAAGAUUUCUUCACCUCCUUCUUUCAAAAGCUGAAAGCUCAGGAGGAGGUCAACAACAUACAGGCUGUUGAAGAGGCAACUGUUCCGGUCAUCAAGUCUUCCUAUGAAGGAAUUGAGGUAAUUUGUUCAGAGAAAAAGUAUAAACUCUCCUGUGUGCAGUAUCCCUCUUUAAGAUUUGUCUGCAUGUGUCUUGAUCAUUGCUACAGAGUCACAGAGGAGAUCCUCAGAGCUGUGCCCAACGUGCACAACUUCAGGCUCACUCUGAGAGCCAUCAGACUGUGGGCCAAACGCCGUAACAUUUACUCCAGCGCCCUGGGCUUCCUUGGCGGUGUUUCAUGGGCCAUAAUACUGGUCGCCAGAAUUUGUCAACUAUACUCAAACUCUACAGCGUCCACCCUGGUGACCAAAUUUUUCCUGGCCUACAGUAUAAGGGCUUCAUCAUCAGUGCAGGAUGUGGUGGUUGUUUUGAUUCAUCCAAGCGACCGCUACCACCUCAUGCCCAUCCUCACCCCAUCAUACCCGGUGCAGAACAGCGCGGUCAACGUGUCUCACUCCACGGUGGCCAUCAUGUCAGAAGAGUUCAAGCGAGAAACAUCACCUAAGGAGUUUAAAUCUGAUGAGGAGCCCGUCAAAGGCACCUGCUCUCAGCCCUCUGCAGGUGUCACACCAGGUGUCUCACUCAGUCAGAGUCCAUCUCAAAGCGCAAGAGGCACCAAGAGACCACAUACUCCUAAGCCCAAGACACCCAGCGAAAAAGCCAAACUUGACCUGGUGAGCAAAACUGUCUCUGAAGAUGUUCAGUUGACAUGCACUAUUGACCCCAUCCAGCCUGCUACAACUGUAAGACGAGCCAUCAAACUCCAUCUGAUCAGGCGAAACUGA